AUGAUACAUGUGGCAUGUGCUUUGGAAUAUCUUCACCAUGGGUGCUCGUUGCCUGUGAUUCACUAUGAUGUGAAGCCUAGUAACGUCUUGCUGGAUGAGGAUAUGGUUGCCCACCUAAGCGAUUUUGGCAUUUCAAAAUUACUUGGUGAAGAUCAGGGUAAUUUGUACACUAAAACCUUAGCAACAUUGGGGUACAUUGUGCCAGAGUAUGGACUGGAAGGACUAGUGUCAACAAAGUCGGACGUCUAUAGUUAUGGGGUCAUUUUGCUGGAAAUGUUUACUAGGAGAAAGCCUAAUGAGUUUGAGGGAGAUCUUAGCUUGAAGCAAUGGAAGGAGCUAGAUGUUGUGGCUUCAAUCAAGAAUGUUGCAUUAGAUUGUUGUGCUGAUUCUCCGGCGAGAAGGACUAACAUGAAAGAUGUUGUAGGAAUGCUACAGAAGACCAAGAUUCAACUUCUUGAAUGUGGAGCAUCACUUCAUUUGUGCAUUGAUUCUGCUUCCAGGAAUCCUAGCUGGUUGCAAUGA